AUGUCGCGCGCAACCCACACCGCAUCUGCCCCAGUCUCCGGCUCCGUCGCGCGCACGGGCCGCUCGUACGACGCGUAUCGCGUCCCCCGAGAGCUCGCCCCGGGAUUCAUGGACAACGGCACCAUCUCCGCCAACCACCCGAUCGUCCAACAGUUCGUCGCCUUCGCCGCCCGCAAGCUCCUCGCCGCAGAAGCCCUCGACGCCGCGACUGGACACGCUGCUAUCGCCGAUCGACACAGAAGCCCCAAACACCCCGAGGUCACUCUCUGGCGACUCGAGGAGGGCGGCGUCGCGUGCGUAGGGGACGUCGAGGAUGCGCUGGGCGCUCCGGUGCCGGCCCGUCUGGCGGAGGCGAUCUUCGCGUUGGCCGCGUUGGCCGUGUACGCGUUCCCGAUGCGUCCAGCGCAUUGGGCGUUCUGGGCGGAGAAUAGCCAGAAGCGAGUUUCGAGGUUGAUUCACGGAGUCGUAUGCGCCGACCCGAAGGUCAUCCACGUCCCAAACGGGGUGUCUUGGGACAGUGCAGACCGCGCUGUCAAAGACCUACGCUUUUGGCAUAAGGGCUGGAGGGAGGAGGACACCCAGGGACCGCUGGAGAGACGCAGGAGUCCUCGCAAGCCGAAGAAGUCUACCAGCGACGACAUCCCUCCCUCGAGCGCGACCAAGCAGCAGGUCAAGAACACGAACGGCAAGCGUCCCGCGUCCGACGACGGCCCCUCUCAGUCUAAGAAGAGGCGGCGGAAGGCGAAAGACGACAUGGCGGGGACGAAUGAGGAGACGGGAACGCCGCGCAGGUCGCGCAGGACUCGCAAGGAGGUGCAGGAAGCGUCAUCCUCCACGGCAUCUUCUUCCACGGCGCUGGCCGUUGACGACUCCGCGCGUAUGGCCGUGGACAUGGAGGCGGUCCAGGCAGUCGAGGAUACCGAAGCCUCGACAGCUGCAGGAUCGCAGAAUCCUCCAGCUGCGAAGAGCACGAGGAGGCCCCGAGGGAAGGCCGCGGCGACCAAGAGACCCGCUGCGAAGCGGAAGGCCAGGACUACGCGAAAGGCGCCCUCAGGAGGCUCGCCGUCUAAGAAGACAUCACUUUCGGCACCGUCACCAAUCACGAUCCGCAUCCCGCCGCGGUCUGCAACCUCGUCGCCAGCGGUGGCUACGCGCGAGCUGGCGGAUGGAGCUCCAGCCUUGACGUGGGACGAGCCGACGGUAGCCGCAUCGCCGUGGUCUUCGUGCGACACCGCGGUCGAGCCGUCUACCGGGGUGACUACGCGCGUCGGGACGCCUCAGACGGACUUGGAGGUCAAGGUGGAGCCCGAGAGCUUGAACCCCAUAGUGGUCCUGGGGUUUUCAAACUGUUAG